CCGGUCCUACUUCUGUCCCCGAUCGCCGCACACUCGGAACCACAAUUGCUCCCGAUCCUCUUCUUUAAACAUAUCGCAAGUCGCAAUCAUGACUACGCCAAACAAGACAUCACAGCAAUCAUGUCGAAGCUACUAAGACUACGGGCGAGACCUCUGACGUGGGGAAGCAGCUUCACAGCGCGCCAAUUCAGCACAACAAGGCCCGCGCUGGCGGUGCGGGGAGGGUCGAAGCUCUUUAAAGAUGCGGACGCUGCAGUUGCGGAUAUCAAGAGCGGUUCUACUCUUUUGAGUUCGGGCUUUGGACUCUGUGGUGUCGCAGAUACAUUGAUUGGAGCGCUGAACAGAAGAGGCCGCGAUUCUCUCAAUUCGCUGACUGCUGUGUCGAACAAUGCUGGCGUUGAAGGCAAAGGCGGUUUGGCAACGCUCACAAGCGCUGGUCAAGUCGAUCGCCUGAUCCUAUCAUACCUCGGAAACAACAAGGUGUUGGAAAAGAAGUACCUGACAGGCGAAUUGGCUAUUGAGCUUUGUCCUCAAGGAACUCUCGCUGAGCGCAUUCGUGCUGCCGGCGCUGGUAUUCCUGCAUUCUUCACGCCAACUGCAGCUCACACUCUUUUGCAGGAUGGAGAAAUCCCCGUUCGCUUGGACAAGUCGGGCGCUGUUGUCGAAAAGGGACGAAAGCGAGAAACACGCGAGUUCAAAGGCCGAACAUUCCUCAUGGAGACAGCAAUUGAAGGCGAUGUAGCUAUCAUUCGAGCUUGGAAGGCUGACAAGGAAGGCAACUGUGUAUUCCGAUACGCAACAAAAGCAUUCGGACCCAUCAUGGCAAAGGCCGCGAAACUCACAAUCGUCGAAGCCGAAAACAUCGUCGAAGUUGGCGCAAUCGAUCCCAACGAUGUCGACCUCCCCGGAAUCUUCGUCGACCGAAUCGUUCAAUCGACAGCCGAGAAGAAUAUCGAGGUUCUCAAGUUGAGAGAAGAGGGAUCGGAUGGACCACCCAAGGCUACGAAUGAAGCGCAAGAGCGACGAAAUCGCAUUGCCAGACGAGCGUCCAAGGAGUUGAAGCCCGGUUACUAUGUUAACUUGGGUGUUGGCAUUCCUACACUGGCUGUUUCUUUCCUCCCUGCCGAUUCGACUGUGCAUAUCCAGUCUGAGAACGGUAUUCUUGGAAUGGGUGCUUAUCCUACAAAGGAUGAAGUUGAUCCGUAUGUUAAUCGUCUCUGUGUGAAGCGUCGCUAACAAAUUAGUGAUAUCAUCAACGCUGGUAAAGAGACAGUCACCCUUGUCCCCGGCGCAUCCGUCUUUGACUCCGCCGAAUCAUUCGGCAUGAUCCGUGGCGGUCACGUCGACGUCUCAAUCCUAGGCGCCCUUCAAGUCAGUGCAGUCGGUGAUUUAGCCAACUACAUGAUCCCCGGCAAGGUCUUCAAAGGCAUGGGCGGCGCAAUGGAUCUCGUCGCCAACCCCGACAACACCAAGAUCGUCGUCGCCACCGAACACUGCGCCAAGGACGGCUCAUCAAAGAUCAAGCAGCAGUGCACGUUGCCACUAACAGGCGCACGUGUAGUAAGCACCAUCAUCACGGAUCUGUGUGUGUUUGAGGUAGAUCGCGAGCAAGGUACUCUUACGCUUACAGAACUUGCGCCGGGGGUUAGUGUGGAUGAGGUCAGGAGUAAGACGGAUGCGGACUUUUCGGUGGUGGAUGAUUUGAAGCAGAUGGAGUGAUACCAAAUAGAAAGAGUUAAUGAACUUUUGUUGUGUAAUCAUGUACUUGC